GACAGGAGGUGAGGACGUGCGCGCUCCCGCUCCUUCCUCUUUCUUGACUCCAUCUUCGCGGUGGAAGCUUCGCCGUCCGCGGGUUAGUCGCCAACAUGCAGCUCUUUGUACGCGCCCAGGAGCUACACACCCUUGAGGUGACCGGCCAAGAAACGGUCGCCCAAAUCAAAGCUCAUGUGGCCUCACUGGAAGGCAUUGCCCCGGAAGACCAAGUCGUGCUUCUGGCUGGUUCGCCGCUGGAGGAUGAGGCCACCCUAGGCCAGUGUGGUGUAGAGGCCCUGACCACUCUGGAAAUAGCUGGCCGCAUGCUGGGAGGUAAAGUCCAUGGUUCUCUGGCUCGUGCUGGAAAAGUGAGAGGACAAACUCCUAAGGUGGCCAAACAGGAGAAAAAGAAGAAGAAGACAGGCCGUGCCAAGCGGCGAAUGCAGUACAACCGUCGCUUUGUCAACGUCGUGCCCACCUUUGGCAAGAAGAAGGGCCCCAAUGCUAAUUCCUAAGUCCUAUGUGAUUCUGGCACUCUAAUAAAACCACUCUGCCCAGA